AUGGAGGUCCCGCAGUACUUACUGCUAGACUUGUUCUCGCGCUCACGCGCACAGGGUGUUGUUGUCCUCGCAGAGCAGUGGAGGACCACUCAGCAGUACAUUGCAGCAUGGAGAGCUUCCAUCAACGGCCCCACCACAAGAGACAGCAUGUUUCCCGGCUUUACCAAACAGAUGGUCAUCUGUCUUAAGGCUGAAGCUACCGACAACAUGUCUCAAGUCUUCAAUUUGAUCGAGCACGUCGGCCUGGCGAACGAGCUCAGCAAAGCGCUCUCAACCAUUUCAAACACGCAUGGAGACAACUACCAGACCUAUGUGGCAUGGCGCCGACAGCAAGAAAGACGUGGCGGCAGCCUUGACUCUUACGGGUCAUUCCGCAAAUUUAUCAUACACCAAGCCGUGACGACUCUCUUCGGUCAUGAACCUGAAUCAACUGCCGUAAACCUCAAGCUGGUCAACUCGCUGGUUCGCCGUGCAGAAGUCCUUCGUGCCUUGGAGUUGGCCUUCGGCCCGGGUGUCUUCGUCCUCCUCUUGGGCUUUACUGGAAGCUCCGAGAAGGCCUGGAACGAAGGAACAGAGGCUAUCUUGAAGACUCUGCCUAACAGCUGUCCUAUGCGGCGCCGUGUUUGCAACCUCGCAAACAAAAACAUCUGGAGCAAAGUGGUAAAUAAUGAGCAGCUUUACGGACCAAAGCUGGAUGCAGAGCUACGGGACAUCAGCGAUCGUGGCAACAAAGACUUGUUGACUCUACUGUCUCCGGAGGGAGAGGAAAUUACUGAAGACUCGGUCUGA